UUGAACAGUUUCAAAAUGGCUGCGUCCAUGGUCGGAAUUUUGGAUGAAAAUGUCCGAGAAAAAGUAGCAAAUAGUAAAGUCCUCGUCGUUGGCGCCGGCGGUAUUGGAUGUGAACUGUUAAAGAAUUUAGUGCUCACUGGGUUUGUGGACAUUGAAACGAUUGAUCUGGACACGAUUGAUGUGAGCAAUUUAAACAGGCAGUUUUUGUUUAGGAAAGAACAUGUCGGCAAGUCUAAGGCACAGGUGGCCAAAGAGAGUGCUCUGCGGUUCAAUCCAGACGCCAAGAUCAUUGCCUACCAUGAUAGCGUUAUGACCACAGAUUAUGGCCUUGGUUUUUUCAAGAAGUUUGAUGUUGUCCUGAAUGCCUUAGAUAACAGAGCUGCCCGUAACCAUGUGAAUAGGAUGUGUCUAGCAGCUGAUAAGCCUCUAAUAGAAAGUGGAACGGCAGGCUAUCUCGGUCAAGUCUCUGUCAUUAAAAAGGGUCUGACAGAAUGUUAUGAGUGCAUACCAAAGCCUCCCCAAAAGACAUUCCCCGGCUGCACAAUCCGAAACACCCCUUCCGAGCCAAUACAUUGUGUCGUUUGGGCUAAACACUUAUUCAACCAGCUGUUUGGUGAGGAAGAUCCGGACCAGGACGUCUCCCCGGACACAGAGGACCCUGAACUCACAGCCAAAGCAGGCCAGAAUGCCCUAGAUGGAGAAGCUAAGGCAGGGGGCACAGGGGGCCUCCACCGUGUGUCCACACGGGCAUGGGUAGAGGAGAUCAAAUACGAGCCAAAGAAGCUGUUUAACAAGAUGUUUCGAGAUGACAUAAAGUACCUGUUGUCUAUGGAAGCCUUGUGGAAGAAGAGACGGGCCCCUACCCCCCUUGACUGGGACAACCUGCCGAAUACAGUUGAUGGUGCGCGUCCGCAGGGUGUCAUACAGGAUCAACGACAGUGGUCUAUGCAGGAGUGUGCAGACGUGUUUGCCCGCAGUAUUGAUGCUCUUAAGGGUGACCUGGCUGGCCAGGGGGACGGAGGGAUGUUGGUCUGGGACAAGGAUGAUGAUUCAGCCAUGGACUUUGUUGCUGCGGCAGCCAACAUCCGGGCACAGAUCUUUGGCAUUGCCUUCAAAACAAGAUUUGACAUUAAAUCAAUGGCAGGGAACAUCAUACCAGCAAUAGCGAUGACCAAUGCCAUCAUAGCAGGCCUUAUUGUCAUGGAAUGCCUGAAGAUUUUGAGUGGAAACAUCGAAAAGUGCAAUUCUAUAUACCUGAACCGACAGCCCAACCCACGCAAGAAGCUGUUGAUCCCUUGUGCCCUGGAUAAACCAAACCCAAAGUGUUACGUGUGCGCCCCGAAACCAGAGGUCACUGUCGUCCUUAACACAGAGAAAAUCACUGUCAAAACAUUAGAGGAGAAGGUUUUGAAAGUGGCUCUUGGUAUGGUAGCCCCGGACGUGGAAAUAGAGGAUGGAAAAGGCACUAUCCUGAUAUCCAGUGAAGAGGGAGAAACAGAAGAGAACAAUGAGAAAUUGCUGAGCAACUUCAACAUUGGGAACCACACUAUACUGAAGUGUGACGACUUCCUACAGAACUAUGAACUCAACGUCAUCAUUGUCCAUCAGGAGAAGCUAGAGGAGGAUCAGGAGUUUGUUGUGGUGGGUGACAUCUCUGAGUUGCAAGCCAAGGCAGGGGCGGAGGCAGAUGAGAAGACAGCCGGCGAGGAGAAUGGGGGUGACAAGGAAAAGUCGAAAGAAAUAGUUGUAGAGGAAGACGAUCUGAUGAUAAUAGAUGACGUCGAGGAGUCACAGCAGACGAAAAAUGAAGUGGCAAGCCGUAAACGUAAAAUGGAUGAGGUUGAGGAGUCGCCAAGCUCAAAGAAAAAACGUUUUGAAGUUGGAGGUGAUGAUAAUGAUGUGGUUGUGUUAUGAGACGGAGCAGACACAUGAGCUAUUAGGAUUAUUUUGGAGACAAUAUGAUAAAAGAUAAAUGAACAAAGACUUGUACUGAUCUGAGUGUUGAAUUUUUGGGCCCAAAGGGGGGGGAUGUGCAAAUAUUGAUGAUUGGAUACUAAAAGUAUGCUUGUGUAUUUGUACAAUGAUGUAACAGCAAGAAAUAGAAUAUUGUCUUUUAGUGCUAUUACUUCUAGCGAUUAUGCCAUAGUUGAUAAAGUGGACAGGAAUGGUCAGAACACUUAAUAUCUGAACUCGAAUCUUACUAAUCAACGCUACAAAAAAAUUGAGAAUUUUCUUUGCUCAGAAACAAUUUAUUCUAUGUUGUAUAUAGGUACACUCUAGGAUGCAAAUAUGUUUUAUUGAUGUUUAAAACUCAGUCAUGAGUGUGCUAUGUGAGGUGUGUCUACAAUUUUCAGGUAAACCAUAUGGAUCAUUGGGAAACUCAAAGUUAGUGUUCAUGUUAGUGUGCUAUGUGAUGAAUAAAUCAUGUCCAGUUAAA